AUGUUCAAGCUCGCCCGUAGCAAGCCAAUUGCUGCGGCUUUCAGAUCCGCCGUCGAGUCGCCUCUUCGCAGCAGAUUCGCUCAAUCGCAGCGAAGGAACCUCUCCAUACACGAAUACCUCUCCGCCAACCUCCUCAAGUCUUAUGGCGUCGGUGUCCCCAAGGGUGAAGUUGCUCGCAGCGGCGAAGAGGCUGAGGCCAUCGCAAAGAAGAUCGGUGGUGAGGACAUGGUCAUCAAGGCCCAGGUCUUGGCCGGUGGCCGUGGAAAGGGUACCUUCGACAAUGGCUUGAAGGGAGGUGUCAGAGUUAUCUACUCUCCAACUGAGGCCCGCAUGUUCGCCGACCAGAUGAUCGGCCACAAGCUGAUAACUAAGCAGACCGGUGCUCAGGGCCGUCUCUGCAACGCCGUGUACAUCUGUGAGCGCAAGUUCGCCCGCAGAGAGUUCUACCUCGCUAUCUUGAUGGACCGUCAAACCCAGGCCCCUGUCAUCGUCUCCUCCUCCCAGGGUGGAAUGGACAUCGAGGCUGUUGCUAAGGACACCCCCGAUGCCAUCACCACCACCCCAAUUGACAUCCACACUGGCGUCACUGAUGAAAUCGCCCACAACAUUGCCACCGGUCUUGGUUUCUCUGAGCAGUGUGUCCCAGAGGCUGUCGAGACCAUCAAGAAGCUCUACAAGGUCUUCAUGGAGAGGGAUGCCACUCAGAUCGAAAUCAACCCUCUGUCUGAGACCUCCGACCACCAGGUCCUUGCUAUGGAUGCCAAGCUUGGCUUCGACGACAACGCCGACUUCAGACAGAAGGAGGUCUUCUCCUGGAGAGAUACCACCCAAGAAGAUGCUGACGAAGUCAAGGCUGCCGAGUCCGGUCUCAACUUCAUCAAGUUGGAUGGAGACAUUGGCUGCUUGGUCAACGGUGCUGGUCUCGCCAUGGCCACUAUGGACAUCAUCAAGCUCAACGGUGGAAGCCCUGCUAACUUCCUUGACGUCGGCGGUGGUGCCACCCCUGCUGCUAUCCGAUCUGCCUUCGAGCUCAUCACCAGUGACCCCAAGGUCACCGCCAUCUUCGUUAACAUCUUCGGAGGUAUCGUGCGAUGUGAUGCCAUUGCUCAGGGUUUGAUCAAUGUCGUCCAGGAGAUGAACCUCCGUACCCCUAUCGUCGCCAGACUGCAGGGUACUAACAUGGAGAAGGCCCAUGCCUUGAUCAGUGAAUCUGGCCUCAAGAUCUUCUCCAUCGAGGAUCUCCAGGUCGCCGCUGAGAAGUCCGUCCAAUUCUCCAAGGUCGUCAAGAUGGCCAGAGACAUUGAUGUCGGCGUUGAAUUCACCCUCGGUAUUUAA